AAUAUGCGGUAUGCCUUUAAGACUGCCUCGCAUGUGUGUGAUGUCAUGUCCUGUAAUAGCCAUGGUUAGAGAGCUCACUGGAAAUGAGAGGACAACUGGAUGUUUACGUUUUUGCAGAGGUUUUUUUUCCCCUGUACACUAAACGAAAAGUCUAAUGGCACAGCAAUUCAGCAUGCAUCUAUUUGAGAACGUUUCACCUUACACCUACAGCAAGAUCAACUGAAGGUUGCCUGACGUGGUGGGGGUGUGGCUGUGAAGACAUGGAUAAUUGGGUUGAUCGCAAACAGAAUCAAUUGCUGCUAUCUUCGGACGCAGAGAGCACCUUUUGCUUCAACAGCUUCUACUUUGACAACAAAGCUUUGGAUUCUACUUGACUACACGACUGGGAUUCACUCCUGAAAAGGUACACAUUGUUUGCAUGGUAUUGCAUUGAAGCCAAUGAGUUCAAAGAGGUUGGCCAGACAGAUCUACACAAAGGAAUGGAAGUGGGCGUGGCGAGAGGUGUUGAAUGUGCGAGCACUGGUGCGUGCCCAGCUGGAUGCAGGAGAUGCAGCAAACAGGGCAGAGGAGUCUGCGUGAGAUGCACCAAGCAGGGAAGAGCAGGCUGCGUGAGAUGCAGCAAGGACAGGCCAGGCUCUGCAAGAAGCAGAGCAACAACAUAAUGGACCUCAACACAUGCCAGAGAUACAACCAGUGGAGAUUGAAGAACAGCCUGAGUUCAUGGCAAAGCCAACAAGUCCGGUCAGCAGCUCGGAGCAGGACAGCAGCAGUCCCUCAACCCAUGUCAGUCCAGCACCCAGCCGUCGGACAUUGGAAGAGUCGUACAUUGAGGAACAAACAUCAUCCGACCCAGUUGAGGAACUUCAGGAAUGACCCAUGGCGAAGAGGAGGGGGCUUCAGGCAUGGCUGCCAUAAUAAGGCAUAAGUACUUCAUACACACUUGUUGAUGUUCACACAGGAAAAGUAUAUUGGGUAUAAAACUAAAAUGAAUUUCAUCUCAAUUCUACCUGUAGUCCUGGAGGAACGAAAGAGGCUCCUAUUGAGGACGACGGAUGACACAAAAAGAACCAUGGAAGAGCACAUGGGGCGAAUGACUAGGAGAAUGGAGGCUAUGGAGAGGAGGAUGGAGGCUAUGGAAAGGAGGAUGGAGGGUAUGGAGAGGAAGUCAGAGACAUUGGAGGCUGCUGUGGUCUCGAACCCGCCUCAGCCUCCUCUGCAGGAAGAUGUGCUGUUGGGCCUAUGCAGCACAGUGGAGGAGCUGGAGGAGCUAGACAGGAGUCUGGCUCAACCAGAAAGAAGGAACCAAAUGAAACGUUUCCUUGAAAGCCUGGGAGGGGCGAAUCCGGGGACAGCCAUUCGUCACAUUCUACGCCAGGUGGCUACCAACAAUGUCCUGGCGCAGUACAGCCUGAGGGGGAGGAGAGCAAAAAAGCCUUUCCAGAACUUAACCCUUUGCAAAAUUAUAACGGAGGCCUGCAUGCAGAACUUCCCUGGCAAGAAGGUAGCUGAUAUUGAGGAGUGCAUUGGGCAUUCACUGAAGUUUGCACCACACAGACGGUCAGCUGGUCCUCAAGAUUGAAGACGUACACCAACUUCUAUGCACAUGCACCCGUUUUUGGCAUUUCUAAAAUUUUUCUUAUUUUUUGCCUUUAUUGUAUUUUAUUAAGAAAUAGUUUUCAUAAUUGUCUAUAGUUGUCAGAUGUUUUAUAAUGUAUAAUAAUGUUGUACUGUGUUGCUGAUGUCCUUACCAAUGUUGUAUUCUUGAUAUUUUUUUCUAUUAAAC